CUUUGAGACUGCUAAAUUCGAAUCCGCGCGGUGGUACUGCAUACUGAAGCACCUUGUACAGUAGGGACCUCACCCCACUUUUUGCUGUUGUAAGUACCGGUACUUACACUUAUCUACACCAUGAUCCAUGGUAUCCAUGGUGUCCAUUGAUUACUUAAUUCAUCUGUUUUCGGGCUUUCCCGGCGCAACGGCCACACUAUAACAAGACACGUCCCACAUCCCGCGGCGAUCCAGCACUCUCGACCCAAUCCGAACCGCCGCCCGCAUUGCAGCAUUGCAGCAGUAGCAGCAGCAGCAGCCAUGAACCCCGAGCCCCGCACACCCCUUGCCUCUGGCAGCGCGCCCGUGCGCCCGGCCAACCGCCGCGCGAACAGCAGCGCGUUCUACGGCCAGCUGCACAAGAUCCAGGGGACGACGCCGCCGCCGGUGGCCGACGAGGUGGUCGUCACCGAAGACGGCAAGACCAUCCGCAUCACGCACUCAGACACUAAGUACACGAUCCCUCUGGCGUCGUCGGUGGCGGUGCCGCUGCCACUCGGCGGCAGCAGCGGCAGCAGCGGCGCGACCGCGCUCGUCGCCACGCUGUUCUACGGCGCCAACGCCGCCGCCGCCGCCGACGGCCACAUCACAGAUCUGGCAAUCUUCGAGUUCAUCCAGACGCUGGAUGAGCUGAUGGUGCCGUAUGAGAAAUCGCAUGCCUACCAUCGCCCGCUCGACUCGUCGGCCGCGCCGAGGGUCGUCGAGAUCGCGUUCUCGCUGCCGCAGAUGCUCAACCUGACGGAUCUCCGGCGGCACGAGGAUAUCUGGGGGUUCGAGAAGAAGUGGGGGAUCGAGGUGGUGCUGCAGCGCAACGACGUGUUUCGGCGCCACAAGCGCCUCGCCGUCUUCGAUAUGGACUCCACGCUGAUCCAGCAGGAGGUCAUCGACGAGAUUGCACGGUUCAUCGGGAAGGAGGACCUCGUCAGCAGGAUCACGGAGCGCGCUAUGAACGGCGAGAUCGACUUCACCGACUCCCUGAAGCAGCGCUGCGCACUGCUGCGCGGCGUCCCCGCCUCCGUCUUCGACCAGCUGAAGCCCGUCAUCACCAUCACCCCCGGCGCGAGGGAGCUCUGCAGGGCGCUCAAGAACCUGGGGUACAAGCUGGCGGUGCUGAGCGGCGGGUUCCUGCCGCUGGCGAACUACAUCAAGAACGAGCUCGGCCUGGACUACGCCUACGCCAACCAGCUCGUCGUUUCCCCUGACGGCCGCGAGCUCACGGGCGAGCUCACGGGCGACAUCGUGCACGCCGAGCGCAAAGCCACACUACUCCAACAGAUCGCGUACGAGAACGGCAUUCCUUUGCACCAGACCUUCGCGGUAGGCGACGGCGCCAACGACCUCAAGAUGAUGGAGAUCGCGGGGCUCGGAAUCGCGUUCAACGCGAAGUCGAUGGUGCAGCUGGAAGCGCCGAGUCAUCUCAACUCCGCGUGGAUGCAGGAUGUGCUGUAUAUCCUGGGCCUGAGUAAAGAGGAGCAGGCGCAGCUGCUGUGAGUCUAUGUAGGAGUCUGGGGGGCGGAGUCCGGGCGUUUGCGGAUGUUAUAUACCGUAUUUUGGAGUGAGUUAUGUAGUAAAACGAAUAUCAGGGUUGUAUGAAGCGGAUAUACGAAAUCUCACUCGUGUGGAGUCGACGCGAAAUGUUGGAAUUGAGAGAAGAGCUUGACUUAAUUGAUGUAUUGAUACGAGAAACAUGAGAAAGAAGACUGUUUAUAAGGGAAAUGAGCUCGUGUAGACGAGGAAGCCGGGCCUCAGACAGAGGAUGCGGCGAUCGCCGGACUGGGCUGGGGCUUGGAGGCUUAAAGAGGCUUCUGACGAGAAGCCAUGGACAAUGCUAAGUGGCCACGAAGGCAAUGAGGGCAGUA